CGGACGCGACGGCGCGCAUGCAGCGCCGCGUAUCGUCGGAAACGAGUGGGGCUGGCCGAGGUAGAAAGAACGAGGAGCGCAUUCCGAGGUGGUGCAGUUUCGCAGUGUCGCGUAGAGUGUAGUGUUUUUCUUCCUCUCUUCAUCCCUCCUCGUUUCCGCGCGUAAGAGUGCAGUGUGCAUCGAUGAGGCCGCCUGUAGUACCAUCCCCCGAUGACCGAGUAGUGCAUUAGUACACGACCUGAGCAUACCUGGGAACGCUUGAGAAGCACGUCCCCCGAUACUCCCCCGAUCAAAAUCACUCGCCUAACCUUUCCCCUAUCCUCCUCGCCCUCCUCCGCACCCCUCCCUUCCGCGAACGUCAAGAAGAUCUCUCAUCAAAACCACAGGACCCGUAACUACGCGAUGGACGGCAUGGACAACAAGCCGGUGUUGAAUGAUGAUCCCUCGGUCACCCUGACCAUCCGCUUGAUCAUGCAGGGCAAAGAAGUUGGUAGCAUUAUUGGGAAAAAAGGAGAGAUUGUCAAGAGAUUCCGUGAAGAGUCCGGUGCAAAAAUCAAUAUUUCCGAUGGUUCCUGCCCGGAGCGGAUAGUGACUGUUACGGGACCGACAAACUCGAUCUUCAAGGCGUUUACGCUAAUAUGCAAGAAAUUCGAAGAAUGGUGCUCUCAGUUCCACGACAUCCAGGGCAGCGGUGCCGGAGGUGGUGGCGGUGUGUCGAGGCCACCUAUCACACUUAGACUGAUUGUACCCGCUUCGCAAUGCGGUUCCUUGAUCGGCAAGGGUGGUUCUAAAAUCAAGGAGAUUCGCGAGGUUACCGGUGCUUCAAUCCAGGUCGCUUCCGAAAUGUUGCCUAACUCAACGGAACGUGCAGUAACCAUAUCCGGUACCAGCGAGGCGAUCACGCAAUGCAUAUAUCAUAUCUGCUGCGUUAUGCUAGAGUCCCCUCCCAAAGGUGCCACGAUCCCUUAUCGCCCCAAACCCCAAGUCGGUGGGCCAGUGAUCCUGGCUGGUGGGCAAGCCUACACCAUCCAGGGUAAUUACGCGGUGCCCGCCCACUCGGACGUAAGUACAGUAUUACCAUUGCCCGCGCCCGCUGCCGGGCCCACCCCGCCCUCGCUGAAUACCCAAACUUUGACGACCUCGCCCUUCGCGGCCCACCCUUCGUCCUCGGCCUUCGCCGCUUCUCACGGGCACCCGCUCCUAUCCACGGCCCAUCUUACAACCCCACAUCAUCCUCUCCACCCGAGCCCCUUACACGCCAGCGUGGCAGGCCUCGCCGACCCCCUGCUGAAGAGUGGACACUUGCAGGCAGCCCUCCCGCCCGCACACCUCGUGGCAGACGCCAUGGGCAAACUGGGUAGUAAUCCUUUGGCUGGUCUCGCAGCCUUAGGCCUUGGAGGUCUCGCCACACCAGCGAAUACGGGUGGUCUUAAUCCAGCAGCAUUAGCCGCAUUGGCCGGAAGCCAGCUGCGUACGAGUAACACUAACAGACAACAACCAGCGGCGAACAAUCAGACACACGAGAUGACUGUGCCAAAUGAACUGAUCGGUUGCAUCAUUGGGAAAGGCGGUACCAAGAUCGCCGAGAUCCGUCAGAUCUCCGGCGCCAUGAUCAGAAUCAGCAACUGCGAGGAAAGGGAAGGCGGAGCAACGGACCGCACGAUCACUAUAACUGGGAAUCCAGACGCCGUGGCGUUGGCACAAUAUCUCAUCAAUAUGAGUGUCGAACUGCAGAAAGCUAACCUAGAGGCCCAAAAUACCCAAACCCCUGGCAGCGGUACCACUCCCGGAGCAUCCGGGGCCAGUGCUUCCCCCUCUACCACCACUACCACUGCCUCUCCCUUGGCCAGCGCCAUCCCCUUGGCUCAGCUGCUAAGCAAGCCAGGCGCCCUCAACGCCCUAUCUAGCCUCACCGCCCUCGGCGGACUCACGGAAUUGCUAGGUGGCGCUGCUGGCGCGGCUGCAUCCGCGCUACCGGUCCAGACUACCGGCGUACACCGGUCACACAAGACUUUUACACCGAGAUUACGUAGUCCAGGCGCACCAGGUCCGACUGACAGCGGCAAGUUCAAGUCGGAACGUACUAAAUACAAUCCGUACUGAACGCACGGACGAACGAUGGAAUGCUAUCGGAGAAAUGCUACAUACACGUACACACAUCUUCUAGGAGAGACACUUGUGUAACACUCAAAGUAAAAUGCGUACGGACGCCAGGGUAGCGAGUACGGAUCAAGACUUGGCGAAGGAUUACAAAUUUUUAUUUUGAUUAUGUAAUUGUACUAUUAUAUAUAUUUAAGUAGGAUAGGGACAGUAAAUAUAUAAUUGUUUAAAAAUAGAUAAGCUGGAAAUUUUGAAAAAAAAAAAAAAUUCUAGAAAGAAAUAGCUUAAAAUUAAACUUGACGAUUAAUUUUUGCAAAACUUUUUUGAAAGUAAAGUACUUUUCGAAGGAAGAUUAUAUCUUGUUUGUAUAUUUUUAUUUAUAUAUUUGUUUUUGAAGACU